AUGUCGACAAAAAAGGCUGGUACCAGAAACAGCGGAAAUAAUUCAACACAGCAACAACUACACCAGCAGCAGCAGCAAAAAAAGAAUAACAGACAGAAACAAAAGAAUAAGAGUAAACAAGUAAAACAUAUACAUUCGGCAUCACCAACAUCAAUGAAUCAUUCACUGACUGCCGCUGUUGCGAGUAGUGAACCGAUUACAAAAGAUGCAUCACCUCCGUCCGCGCCUCAGGAGAAUGAAGAUCAUCUCUCAAAGCUAGACAAGUUGAAUCUCAAUAAAACUAUAUUGGAUUUGAAAUCACAACAAGAGGAUGAAGCAUUUGCAAAUAGAAAGGAAAAACAAAGGUUGGAAGAGGAGAGAAAGAAACUGUUGAAUGAGACACUAAAGAAGAAACAGGAGAUGGAGAAAAAACUGAAACAAGAGGACGAAGAGAAGAAACGAUUGUUGGAGAAACAGAGACAGGAGGGAAAGAAAGAGACUGAGGAAUUCAAUAUGAUUAUGGCAGAGAAAAUGGGUGGAAAUUUCAGUGGAACUGGAACACUGCGAGGCACUGUUAAAGGACCGUUAAACGGCAGCAUCAACAAUAAAUAUGACACAUUACACAGAUCGACUUCUGGCAGCCAUGUCAAAGGCAAUUCGAUGGGCAGUGGCACCAUCUCUCGUGGUCUUUCGAACCUCUUCAAUAAACCGGAUUCGGGAACGCUGAGAAAGUAUGCAUCGUCGAAUUCACUCGGAAAGAAGGCUGCUUCCAACCUCUUUAAAACCAUCUCUGUACCGCGAGUUUCGAGGACACAGACCAGUCUUACCAGUCUACAGGAGAUGUUCCUAAAGGCAAAUGGCAAUCUGAGCAACAGUACCAGCGGCAGCAAUAGUACUAAUGGAAUAGUUGAUCUAAAGAGUCCACCCACCGAGGGAACCAUCGCAAAACGUCCACUUUCACAGACCUCAAGAAAACCCUCGAUGUUUGGUUUAACUUCAUCCAGUAUUAGACAUCUAGAGGAGAACAAUCUCAAUCGUGAAUUACACAAGAAAUGGGAAGAAAAACAGCAAAUGAUAUUAACUACUAUUUCUAUAUCUAUUAUUAUUUCACCACCACCAGAAUAUGUAACAACUUUGGAAGCGGAGCAUGCUAAACAAUUGGAAAUAGAUAGAUUGGCAGAGAUUGAGAGACAGGCAGAGUUGGAAAGACAGAGACAAUUGGAGAUGCAAGAGAAAGGUAUCACUGAGAAAGCAGAGACAACAACAGCGACAGCGGAAAAGCUGGAGACAAAGGUGGCAACCGAGGAGAAGGCAACCACCGGAGAGGAGUCUUCGGUUUCAAAGGAACCGGCAGACGAUGUAAUAACAAAAGAGGAUUUAAUACCACAGGUUCCAACUGUCGAUCCAAAAGCAAUCUCCGAUGGAAACAUCAUCAUCGAUGCACUCCUCAAGAAACCGAAUCCCGUUGUUUCAAAGGUAGCACCGAGUAGCAGUGUUUUGAGCGAAGAGAUUGCAAAAUCAACAUGUAGACCACCCGAUAUGGUGAAUAUUUUCAAGUAUGGUUCGCUCGACAUUGAUUUCUCACUGAUAUUCGGUGAGGCAGAAGAUCUCAAAGGUUUCAUCAUGUGGAAUGUAACAUCUUUUGGCGUGGAGGAAAGAGAUUUCGAUGACUAUCCUGUAUUCUAUACAAAAGAUUCAUAUAUUGUUUUAAAUUCAAAUGAGAAUCAAAAAGAUUCAAUGUAUAAUAUUCAUAUUUGGACGGGUGAACAAUCACCCAUUGAUAGAUCGGGAUCGGCAGCGAUGUUGGCUAUUCAAUUGGCUACACAUUUGGGUGGAAAGGUGCAUCACUAUCACGAGUAUCAGGGCGAUGAAAGUGAGUUGUUUUUGGACUAUUUCUACGAUGAAUUCAAUGGAAUCAAGUACAAGUCUGGUGGUGCCGGCUCGGACUUCAAUGCCAUCGACGAAGAGAAGGAUAUUGGACCGACGACACUGCUCAAGAUCGAUAUCCCACUGAUUGGUGAGCGCAGUGGUCGGCUGAACGUCCGACGAUUCGGUGUCUCUGGAAAGCUAGUGAAGCAUCACGCCAGUCACGAUGUGGCAUGGGUGUUGGAGAACGACAGUCGCGUCUACCUGAAAAUGGGUACCAAGUCGUCGAUCCACACAAAGUCGUUGGCGAGACGCGUCGCCAGAGACUACGCGCAGUUCUACGACAAGCAAGUCAAGCUUAUCGAAGUCACAGACUCGGCUACCGACAAGGAGUUCUACCGCUACCUCAAGGAUAACAAAACCAAGGAGGACAAAGACAAUGACUUCCUGCCGGAGGACGACGAUCCCACCAUUGUCAAUCUCUACAAGACGGUGGCACGUCCCAACGGUAAGUUGGAUCUGGACUGUAUUGCAGAGAGCUAUCCGAUCGACUACUCUGUUCUCACCAACGACGAAGUGUUUAUCCUCGAUUGUACAACCGAUAUAUUUAUUUGGGCACCUGAGAAUAUCUCUCUGAAGAAACUCACCGCCGGCAAAGAAUGUGCCAAAAUGUUCUACCAGGAAUACGAGAGACCGAAAUGGUCACAAGUAAUCCUUUGUUUCCAACACAAAGAACAUCCACUUUUCAAACAACAAUUUAAGAAUUGGCCAACUAAACCACCCGUUUUACCAACUCAACAGCCAUCUACAAUUGACAGAUCAUGUAAGAAACCAAUACGUUAUAGUUACAAUAAGUUAUUCUCAAAUAUUAAAGAAGAAGUUAUUGAACCAAUUUUACCUUAUAAUGAAAAGGAUAUUGUAGAUGUAUAUGCAAUUACAACACCAGAUUUAGAAUUUCAUAAAUUGGAUGUAAAAGAGAAAUCACAUUUCUAUGAGAUGAACACUUAUAUGGUGAUUGCAUCGUCUAGAAGAGGAUUGAAUACUCUCAACAGGAAGAAGGUCAAGGCGAAACCACAAUCGACUAUCUACUGGUGGGAGGGUGUUCAAUCGGAUACCAAGGGAUAUGCGGCUUUCGUACAUGGUUUGUUCCCAAUUAUCUCUAUGAAAUUUCAAGAGAAAGGUCAGCAGGCUCCACGACUGGUGCGAAUCCACCAGCGCAAGGAACCAAUCCAUUUCUUGAAUUUGUUCCACAACAAAAUCAUCAUUCACAAGGGAUCGAGAUUCAAUGAGCCCGACAUCUCUGAUAAGAUCUAUCAGGUUAUAUACUAUCCAGAGACUGUUUAUCUUCAGCAGUUGGAUCAAAACACCACGCUGCUCAACAGUUUCUGCGCGUACUGUACCAUUUCGCCACUCAAAGAGAACAUCGUCGUCUGGAAAGGCACUCAGAAUUUCAUUGACGAUGAAGAAUUGGAAUUGUAUGCUUCUUAUUUAGAUGAACAUUUCCAUAUUGCAGUAAUGAGACAACGUAAAGCAGAGAACGACAGAGAUUUCUGGAGAUCUUUACCAGGUUUAAAGAGAGAGGUUGUCGAUGUAAAUUAUUUGAGAGAUAAAUACUUUAGAUUCUAUUUCUCGAGCGAGUCGGAAUUCAAAGUCGAGAAGGUGUCGAGAUGGCAUCCCUCCGACCUGAAAGAUGACCAAUGUGCACUUCUAGAAACAAAAGAUAAACUUUAUUUCUGGAUUGGACAUCGUGCAACUGAUACUUUGAUAAAUAUAUCAAAUAUAUUUGUAAAUGAUUAUUGUAAAUAUGAAUCAAAACCGCCAACCAUAAAGAAAAUAACACAAUUUAAUGAACCUUUCAAGUUCAAAUUGCACUUCCCAGCAUGGGAUAGAAGAGAUGUAAUAAUAGAUCCACUGGAAAUCAGACAACAACAACUGAGACUUCUUCAUACACUUGGCUACAGAGCUCACAUUGAGGAGGAAGAGGAAUUGCUAAGGGAGUAUAUGGAGUAUGCCGCGUCGUGUUUGGAAUCCGACGAAAUCGAAGACUAUGAAUCUUGGUCGAUGGUACAGAAGGGAAUAAUCAUAUGUGAACCAACAACACCUCCCAACAAAAAGAACAUCAAUAACAACAAUAAUAAUAACAAUAAUAAUAACAAUGACAAAUCGGACAAAGAUAAGAAACCAAAGAAGAAGAAGUUCUUGGGUAUCUUUUAA